CAGGGCUCCAUCCCUUAACCCUGGGCACAGCCCCAGAAAUGACUCCCCAGCACGGUUUCUGGCCAUUAAUCACCCUAUUUCAGUGCCAACACCUUUGAGCUCACAGGAAGCUGUUGGUUGGGCAGAAAGGGGAAGGAAGACAUUGCAAGAGAGGGAGCGGCGGUGGAAGGCUUGGUGGGGCAGAGGAGGAUGGAGCCAAGAGGCAUCAGGACGGGGUGGCUCUGCAUCGCAGUGCUCUGCUGUGGAGCUGCUCUCAUCCUCAAAAAAGAGGAGCCAGGGCAUCAAAGCACCACGCAGCGUGAUGACGUCCUGGAGCACGUGGGAGAGCCCACCACAACUGCCGAGGAUGUGGACAAUCUGACAAGGUGGCCAACGGCCACCCCAAUGCCUCCUUGGACCACAGACACCAUCACCACCUCCACGCCGACAAGAGCAGGCGCCGUGGGGAACAAAACCCAAAAUACAUCGGCUGUUCCCAUCAGGUACUGGUCCCCGGCCAUUUUUGUGGUGGUUGCUCUGCUCGUGCUCUUCUUCACAUACCGGCAGACCAAGGGGGAAGGGACCCAGGACCAAGCCACCCCUGCUAGCGACUCUUCAGAUUUGGGAGCCCUGGACCAUGUCCCUAUCCAGGACACCACCCCGAUAAUCCCUACUUCCCAGGAGGAGAAGAAGGGGCCAGAGAAACCCUCAGAGCACACUGAAACCACCUUCUGCGAGCCGGAUCCCCCACCGCCCCAACCACCGCCACCCCAGGUAUUUCACCCCAAUGCACUGAACCCCAGUGUCUGGCAGGGGGGUGUGCUGGUAGCUGAGUCCCAGCCCCUCCAGCCCAUGCAGGUCCCUGGGGAGGGUUUGUAGCCCCCCCUAGCACCUGAUUUUGCUUCUUCCCAGCCUGAUACACCCACAGUCGCUGGUGGUCCCUGCUGCUCCAGGGAGCCCGGUGCUGUCUGAGGGCACCCAGGGUAUCCCAGUGGCUUCCAGACACCCCCAGGGACCACGAGGCCGCCCCCGAGGGGACUGAGCCAGGAUGAUGCUCCCGGCCGGAGGCCACGCAGCGACCGGGGUGCUAUAAGCAUCACGUGCCUCCUCAGCCCUUCCUAUGGAUGCUCGAGAGUGUGCCCAAAUGCUGGUGGGAAUGGGGACCCGCGUGGGACAGGGAACUGCGUGGGAUGUGGCCUGUGUGUGCGCCAUUAUUGCUGUGCCCCACGUGCAAGGACAGAGGCUCAGGGUGUCUGUGGUGGGCAUGGCCGAGCCAAUAAAGCAGGAUUUCACCCCAAAACCCCUGAACUUUCUCUGCUGGGACAGGCAGCCCCCCCCGCCCAGCCCAGCUGUCACUUUUUCCCCUGUGUCUGGGAACAGAUCAGAGGUGGCUGGCAGCCAGCCCACUCGGAGAUGGCUGGGGGAAGGAGUUUCUUGUGCUGCCUCCGUUAGUCACGGAAAGGAAAAAAAAACCACACGGAACUGAAAUAACCCGCCCUCCCCACCCUGGGGCCAGCAGCUUGUCAGAUGACUGUUGAACUCAUCACAGGGCAAAGAUAGGGUGGGAAAUAAACACCCCAGGGAGCCCCAAUGCCACUGUGGGUAACAUACCCUUGGAGAAGCAAGAAUGUCCCCAGGGAAAUGAGGAGCUGGGGGGGGGGGUCCAUGAGCCCCAGCACAGCCUGGCAGGGGGGCUAGCACCCCCCCCACCCCAGCUUGUGUCCCUUGUGCUGGGGACAGUGCUGCAGUUGCACUGACCUGCCUCAGUUUCCCCUCGCUCUGCUCCCCCCACCCACGGCAAACAUCCUCCUGCAGGGAGCGGGGCACAGCAUGUGUGUGUGGGGGGGCGACCCAGGGCUGAGACGAGGGGAGAGAAGGUGUAAAAGCCAAAGGAAACGCUGACACUGGGUCCCAGUGAAUCAGUAGUGCCGUUGCUGCAUGAGGGACCCCCCACAAGCAGGGGUACAGGUGCCCAGGGGUGGCUGGGGGGUGUGCAGGUAGGUGCUGGAUGGGGUGCGCAGGAGCCCAAACAUCCGCCACCUCAAUUGUCACAGUGAGGGGAUUGCAGGCGGCAGCAGCCCCGGGGCAGGUGGAGGCUCUGCAGGCUGGGAGCAGCCCCUGCCCUGGGGAGCUGUGCAUGGAGGGGACUCGUUCCCCCCAGCAAAGGGGUUGGGUCUUGCCCCCCCCCUCCCUGCCCCGGGGAGGGUUUGGGCAUUUCUCCCAUCUGCACUGGGGGGAGGUAGAGCAGCAGCCCCUGCUCCCCUCUGCUCAUCCCAAGCCCUUCACCCCCAUAAACCCCAAAUCCCUUGGUACCCCAAACCCCUUGGCCCCCAUAAAUUCCAAAUCCUUGGCCUUAUAAACCCCAACCCCCUGACCUCACAGAUCCCAAACCCUUGGCUCCAUAAAGCCCAAAUCCUUGGCCCUACAAACCCCAAAUCCUCGGACCCCUCAAACUCUAAACCCUUGGCCCCACAAACACCAAAUCCUCGGACCCCUCAAACUCUAAACCCUUGGCCCCACAAAUCACAAACCCUUGGCCCCAUUAGACUCCAAGCUGUUUGUCCCAUAAAUUCCAAAUCCUUGGCCCCAUAGAUGCCAACUCCCUGACCUCACAGAUCCCAAACCCUUGGCUCCGUAAAGCCCAAACUCUUGGCCCCACAGACCCCAAAUCCUUGGACCCCGCAAACUCUAAACCCUUGGACCCCAUCAACCCCAACUCCUUGACCCCAUAAGCCCCAAAUCUUUGGCCCCUCAAAUCCCACCCCCUUGGCCCUAUAGACCCUAAAUCCAUGGCCCCCCACCAACCCCAAGCCCUUGCCCUGCACCGAGGAUCCUCCAAGGGCAGGACGUGUUUCUCUCCGAGUGCUCCCUUGAGGCCACAUCCUGCCACUGCAGCAUCUCUGAGCUGCCCAGACUGGGCAGGAGCAGAGCUGGGACCUAAAACUGCUGCCUCACCCCAAAGCACUGGGUGCAGGAAGAUGAAGGAGAAAAAAAAAAGUCAAAAUGGGUUUAUUUUAUAAAA